UAUAUUAAUGAAUUUUUAAUUUUAGAUGUAUGACGGUUCUCCCGAAAAAAACCAAAGAAAAUUAUUCGGUGAUGAUAACCCGCUUAAUCGAUUCAAGUCCCGAAUUCUACGACUACAACAACCAAAUAAAAGUAAUCGAUAUGGUCGGAACAUUAACUUUAAUGCAGCGAGGCCCAUCUGAUGGUCAAGCAAUGAUCAUGGAUUCCGAAGGAUUCGGGUUCGCUCACAUGAUGAAAGCCAACUUAACAUCCAGCCGAAAACACCUAACAUUCGUUCAAGAAGCUUUACCGAUUCGUUUAAAAGCGAUUCACAUCGUAAAUGUAUCACCGACCACGGAGAAAUUUCUUGGCAUUUUAAAGCCGUUUAUAAAAAAAGAAUUAUUUGAUAUGAUACAUUUACAUCGUACUCCGGAAGGGUUACACGAUUACAUUAAUAAGGAUGAUUUGCCGAAUGAAUACGGAGGGAAACUGGGAAGUUUUAAGGAAUUACACCAAGAAAUGUUGAAAAACGUUACGGAAAAUAUGGAUUUUUUCGUUCAAAAUGAGAAAUUAGUUGCUGAUGAAUCUAAAAGGCAGGGGAAGCCGAAAAAUAUGGGGGAUAUAUUUGGGAUUGAGGGAACGUUUAAGAAAUUGGAUAUAGAUUAAUAAGGAUUUUUAUCAGAUUCAAAUUGGUCGAAUUUAAUUUAAUUUAAUUUGUAAUCCUUUAUUAAUUGAUUUAAUUCAUCCUUUAAGUUCUCUCUUUAAUAAUUUUGUCAUGAGUAAAUUAGAACGUCAUGAGGAAAUCAAAUCGUACUGUUCACAGGGAAAUUAAAAUUAAGUUAUUUUAAUAAAUAUUAAUAAUAAAAUCACAUUCUAAACAAA